UCUACUUUCGCUUCAGGUUGGCCAAGCGACUACAAUACCUAGCCUGGGUUACCUUCCCUUACCAUUUCAUCACCGGUACUCUUGUUGUGCAGAGUACGCUUGGAACCAGACAACUACAAUACCUGCGAGAUUUCGAGAAAAAGAAGCGUCUCCCGCUCGACCGGAAUAGCAAGGUGGUACUCAAACUUCCGCCGUCCCUCAGUCAGGUGCUCAAGGUGUCAAGUGACGCCACUAUCGAGGAAGCUGUGCAGAAAAGCGCUCACGCGAAACACAUCCGUGUGAACGGGGAGAACAUGCAACUGGAUGGAGACCUCAUGGCAGAUCUCUUCAAAGACACCGUCAAUGGUAUAAUCAGAUACAUCCGGGAGAUGCGCGCGCAUUCUCGCCUGACGGAUGUGGACACUAUUGUUCUGGCGGGUGGAUUCUCCGAGUCGCUACAUGUGAGGGAGGCGAUCCAAGAUAACUUUCCCAAGGCGCUCAUUGUCUCUCCCGCGGACCCGGGGAUCGCUAUAUUGAAGGGUGCUGUGUUGAUGGGCUUCAGACCGGAAGUGAUCAAAGAGCGAGUGGCCCGCUACACGUAUGGAAUUAGCUAUGCCCGGAAGCCGUUCUGUGAAGGUGACCCAGAGGAGCUGUUAGCUCAUCGUAACGGCGAGACAUACUGUGACGGAAUAUUUGAGAAACUCGUCACAAUUGGCCAACCAAUACAGCGUACGGACGUUUUUACGCUACGUCGGACAACUCACCUAACGUCUCGUCGCGCGAAACAGCGUCGUCUGUACACACGUCUAUUCGCGUCAAUCGAGGAAAAUCCGGAAUACUGCACGGAGGAAUGCUUCUGCGUGAAGAUUGGCGAAAUUGUACGUCAUCCGCCUAAAGGUGGCUGGCCAGAUGUUGUGAAGUCGAGAAUUGAGAUAAAAUUCGGAGAAACUGAAAUGUCCGUCCGAAUAUUUGAGGAACAUUCGAAGAUUGAGUAUCGGGCGAGAGUCGAUUUUCUGUGAUAAAAAAGUAAAGAGGACAAUGUGGAAAAAACAGGGUGCAUAAUCAUAACUCCACAAGCACCGAGGAAGAAAACAAUGGAUGAAUCUUGUAAUGUUGAUACGAUUUAUUUAUCAUUUUUGAAGCUAAACUCUGAAAUACUUACUAUGAUAUUUUUCAUGAUGUAAAAGUUACUUGCCGAGUGCUUAUUAAAUACAUUAAGGAUUCCGUAUCAUUUGAAUAGAAAAUGCUCAACUAAAUUGAAACAUAUCGAAUCGCUUGAAGCGCUGGAACAGAUUGAUUUUAUCAGUGAAAAUUACUACAAAUGAAUUCGAAACAAUUACAGUUGAUAAAGAUGUAGUACCCUUCGCCAUUAAAAGGACCUACUCGCCAUUAUAAGGACCUACUCGCUUGUUAAGUUUAUACGAAUUCAUUAAGCUAGUAUAUUUGCGAGUUGGAAUAUUUGAAGACCGAAUUAAAAAUGUUGCUAUCUGUUCAAACGUGGUAUAUUUAGUAGGAUAAUUAUUUUGUUGAAUGCAACUGGGUUUUCUUGCUGUUUGUGUCUAUGUUUAUGUCCAUACAAUAAAAAUAUUUCUUCA